UAACGGAGCGUACAGAUGUCUAUAAAUGAAGAUUUUGAUGCAAUGUUGUUGAAGUAUCUUAUCAAAACUUCACCUUCACGACAUGGACGCUGCUCUAAGCACUCGGGUGUGGCUCUUGGUCUGCUUCCUCGGCCUGAUAGAACUGGCGAACGCUGGGCUAUAUUACUAUUACAAAAGCCGCCAUGACACCUGCGCUAGGGAAGCCACGCCCUGCUACGACUAUGCCCUGACUUUCGUUAUGGACGGAAGCAGCGAUGAAUACCUUGGCAACAACCGCAGUGAGAUUUUGGCUCAUCACCAACUGGCAGGAAGAACUGAAGCAGACGCCAUUCAGGAGGGGAAAAUGGCGACCGCAUGGCUAAAGACAAAAUACGGCAUUGACUUCACCGGUGUAGAGGAUGACACCUACUUAGAUGGCACCAAGGCAGUAACAAGCGAUGACGGCACACUAACCUUCAGAGCCUUCAUAGUGGACUCUGCUACCAGGAACCGUUUUGUGUCGGCCAGCAAGGCCCACAAGGUGGAGUUCUUUAACGCCCCGAUUUCUAAAGCAGGUUGGGUGGUCAUGGUGAACGAAGCCAUCUCUGCCGGCGGUACAUUUAACAGGACGCUGCCUCGGGGUGCCAAGAUCUUCUACGGUGACUACGUCAUCCCCCUUUGUGAUCGCAGUGGGGUGAAGAAUAAAAACAACUAUUAUUCAUGCCGAAAUAUCUUCAACCAGAAAACUCUCAAGAUCCACUACGAAAGUGGCACAUACUGUUCAAGUGUCGACGGCGUCACCGUCAUUAACUGUGUCGUCAAGGAAACGUCGUGGGGGGUCGGCGCAGCACGUGGCGUGUCGUUCGUAGAAGGCAAUAAAUACUGUGGUCGCAGCGUGCUCACUUUUCCCGCGUCAAAACCAUAGAUGAGGCUUUUUUCAUAACUCUUCACACGUGGUUUUUGACAUUUUGAAAUAGACAGUUAUGACAAAAAUACUAAAAUUGAUUCAGACAUCCAUUGCGUGUUAAGACAAAAUCCAAAGAUAAGUCUCUGCCAGUUCAUUUCUCCAGAGCAUGGGAUAUAUGUCUAUCAAGGCAACUGUCGACUACACAGUGAAUUAGCCAUGAGACAAUAUAAAUGAAAGACAAUUACCUUGAAUUCCUGCAAAAUGUUUUUGUAAGUCAUUUUGUACUGCAAGGGACUGUCCAAUUCCGUAGAUAUUCCGUAAAUAUUUGACUAAUUUCAAUACUGUUUGUGCGCACCUUUAUCUUUUAUAUUCUCAAAUGAAAAAUACGUUUGAAUGCAUACCAAUAUUUUGAACAAUAUGUCAUUUAAAUGAAUAUAGCAUUGAUUAACAACGUAUAAGGAAAAUAAUUUGAGCUAAAAUUUCAGUUGCCCAGGCAAGAGAGUAUAAAUGUACUUUUCACACAUUUUAAUCUAGAACUGUAUGUAAACAUCCAAGGAGGUAUGUGCGACAUGUUGCAAUAAAACAUCCAUCAAUAAAACUUGUUUUCCUCUCAA